CGGGAAAAUGAUAAUAUGACCUCUCUCUGAUAGGCGGAGAGAUGCCUCGUAGUUCAUCCCUCCUUACGAUUGGCUCCAAGUUGGCACAUGUGCAGUAGAACAAGGAGACUUCCAAAAGAGGGUGGAAUGCGGCCGGGCGAUGAGGAAAUAAUCCCUCCCCGGCACAGCCCGAGGGCCGUCUGGAGGUCAGCAGCGCCUGCGCGGGCGCUGUCCUCCCUCCGGGUGGAGGAUGCGCGCGCAGCGCUUUCCGCCACCCGGAAGUUUGCGCGGGACAACUAAGAAGGUGAGUCCUACUCUCCAGGAAGGGUCGAAGAAUUUGGCCGCAGACGUCUGGCUACCCGUCCCGCUCACAAAGUCCAGAGGUGAGGGGAAGGAUACUGUUAAGAUGGAGUUGCCAGCCCAGUGAAUCUGAGGGCCAGACCGUGAUCCCAUAAAGCAUGAUCACCUUCUGUCCAGACUGUGGCAAAAGUAUCAAAGCAGCAUUCAAAUUCUGCCCCUACUGUGGAAAACCUUUGUCUGCAGAGGAGCAUGAAGGGUCCCAGACCUUUCUCAGACCAAUUAGGUCAUCCUUCCGAGGCUCAAGGAGACAGAGCAACACCAGUCCUGAGAUCCCUUCCAAGAAAGUGAAAUGGUCUGGCUCAGUCACCUUCCCCUCAUCCUCCCUUUGCUUGGAUGGUGACAGUUCUGGGUCUGAAGAUACCAUGAGAUCCAAAGGGUCCUGGAGCAGACCCCCAACCCCCAAAAGCAGCCCGCAGGCGACCAGGCGAAGCCCGCAGGCAACCAAGAGAAGCCCUCAGGUGACCAAGAGAAGCCCUCAGGCGACCAAGAGAAGCCCACAGGCGACCAAGAGAAGCCCACAGGCAACCAAGAGAAGCCCGCAGACACUGAAGCGGAGCCGGGUGACUACCUCGCUUGAGGCUCUACCCACAGGGACGCUGAUGAGAGACAAGAGUGGGCGGCACUGGAAGCUGGGACCCCUCCAGACCAGGGACGACCAGGGCAUUCUCUAUGAAGCUGAGGCUCUCUCCUCCUUCGCCUGCAAGUCAAGUCAGAAACAAACGUUCUCACUUAAACUUGAUGCCAAGGAUGGGCGCUUGUUCAACGAGCAGAACUUCUUCCAGCGGGCCGCCAAGCCUUUGCAAGUGAACAAGUGGAAGAAGCUGAACGCAAUCCCCCUACUGGCCAUCCCCACCUGCGUCGGUUUUGGCAUUCACCAGGACAAGUACAGGUUCUUGGUGUUUCCCAUGCUGGGGAGGAGCCUUCAGUCGGCCCUGGAUGACAGCCCAAGGCAUGUAAUGUCGGUGAAGUGUGUGUUCCAGAUGGCCUGCCGGCUGCUGGAUGCCCUGGAGUUCCUUCAUGAGAAUGAGUAUGUCCAUGGAAAUGUGACAGCUGAGAACAUCUUUGUGAAUCCAGAGGACCUGAGCCAGGUGAUGCUGGCAGGCUACGGCUUCGCCUUCCGCUAUGCCCCCGGCGGCAGACACGUGGCCUACGUGGAAGGCAGCAGGAGCCCACAUGAGGGGGAUCUCGAGUUCAUUAGCCUUGACCUGCACAGGGGAUGUGGGCCCUCCCGCCGCAGUGACCUCGAGACCCUGGGCUACUGUUUGUUGAAGUGGCUGUAUGGGUUCCUGCCGUGGACAAAGUGCCUUCCCAACAUCGAGGCUAUCAUGAAGCUGAAACAGAAGUUUCUUGAAAACCCGGAGACCCUCGUGGGACACUGCAGUCGCUGGAUCUGUCCCUCAGGCCUCUCUUGUGGUGGGGGUGUCUUGACUACAGAGACCCUGCAGGAGUACAUGAAGGUGGUGAUGAACCUUGAGUAUGACGAGAAGCCUCCCUACACCAUGCUGAGGAACAAUCUAGAAGCCCUGCUGCAGGACCUGCGGGUAUCUGCUUACGACCCUGUGGACCUCCAGAUGGUUCCAUAGAACUUUUGACUUGAGGUUUGAAGUCGAAAAAGCAAAACAAGAAAUGUGACUCAAGGCCUGCUGUAGUAUCACAGAUAGCUUCUUGAAAGAUCCCUUGAAUGUGCAUACCUGCUGCUGCUUUAAGCAACACUGUCGAUCAGUAUCUUGGUUAGCAUCAGGGAACCCGGCAGUUAGGCUCCAGAUAAUGUGAAUUCCUCCGUUUGACUGUCCCGUCCUUUCAGCCAUCAUCUCCCACCAGCCACUGGGGUUGUAGACAGAGAAGACCCCUAAACCCGUGAUAAGGGGUGAGCCAGCCCCCUCAGUGGGGACCCUUCCUGCUACUCUUGGCAACACUACGCUUUGGUAAUAAAUUGUUUCAUUAGAGAUGGAGAGUUGAGUGUCUCCAAAAGGAGUUUCUUUUGGAAAAGUUUACCUUCUUUUUUUCUCCAUUUAUUCAUCCCUUCAACCUUUCACCCAUCUAUCCAAAGUUUCAUGCAGAUACCCAUCCAACCAUCCAUCCAUCCAUCCAUCUUUCUACCCAUCCUUCUAUCCAUCCAUCCAUCCAUCCAUCCAACCAUCAUCCAUCUUUCUACUCAUCCUUCCAUCCAUCCAUCCAAUCCAUCAGCCAGCCAUCCACAUAUCAAUCCAUCCAUUUAUCCACUCAGUCGUUCCAUCUAUCCAUCCAUCCUUCCAUAUACUUUUCCAUCAUCUACCCUCCCCCCACCUUUCAUCCUCUCAUCCAUCUGCUCAUUCUCCCAUCCAUGUACCCUUCCUCUUCCAUACGCUUAUCCUUCCUUAUAUGAGACAAAUAUUUAGCAGGCAUAUCUUGAAUCUGUGCUGUGUGGCACUCAGUGUGCUGCAUGGAGGAUCCCGAUGAACUAGACAUGCUGAGGCCCUUGAGCUCAUGGACCCUCCAGUCGAGUGGAAGAAGGCGUUAAAUGAGAUGACUUUUGGAGAAAAGGCACAGUGCUGUGAUGGAGACCAAGGGGCCCAGGGAGGGGAAGCGCCUUUGCAGAGAGCCCGGAGAGAGAUGGUGGAGGAGGCAGGCACGCCCCCCACCCCGGGAGCGUGAGGCCUGGGCAGUGGCCAUGGCUGGAGGACGGGGGAGCCUGCAGAGAGAUUUCAGAGGCAGCCCAACCAGCAGCGUGUGCCCAGUGACAAGAGUGGGAGGGAUUCUGAACGGAGGGAUACACUCACCUCCCAGACUUGGUCUUGAGGAUCUGGAAUCUUCCACCAUUACUUUGGCAUGAGGAGGUCAGAGGCCGGAUCGGGGAAGAAACAUUCUCCCCAGUUCUUGCCUGCCUAGGGGAUGCAGGGGAGAUUUGCAGACUGAUGUUCAUUUCCUAGUUGAAAGCAAGUGUGUAUAGCGCUUUCCAGAAGGGGAUGUUCCUCAACGAGAGAGAAAACCCACCUGCAAAUCUCCUGCUUAAAGAGCCUCUCUGUUCAUGAGUCCACAAAAGAA